UCACCCUGGCACUUGUUUCUCAUCUCAUUUGUCUUAAGAUCAGACAAGAUUAUUUUGGAGGCAAACAAAGAAAAGAAAGAAACUGUUAGAAACAAACCAAAUCAUCAAUCCUAAGUGGUUUGAGAAUCUUGGGUGUUGUUUUGUUUCUCAAAUUAAGAUAUGGGUCAUGAGAAGCAGAAACCAGCUGGUGCAGCCCAGAAGGUAAAUGGGUGGUCCAUAAGGUCCAUUUUCAUGCAUGCGGACGGUGUAGAUAUGUGGUUGAUGACUCUCGGCUUCAUCGGAGCCGUUGGUGAUGGUUUUAGUACACCUCUUGUUUUGCUUGUUACUAGCAAGUUGAUGAACAAUCUUGGUGAUGCAUCAGCUUUCACUGCAGACAAGUUCAUUCAUAAUAUCAACAAGAAUUCGGUGGCUUUGUUGUAUUUGGCUUGUGGAUCAUGGCUUGCUUGUUUUCUAGAGGGAUUUUGUUGGUCAAGAACAGGUGAGAGACAAGCAACAAGAAUGAGAGCCAGAUAUUUGAAGGCAGUUUUAAGACAAGAUGUGGGAUACUUUGAUUUGCAUGUUACAAGCACAGCUGAAGUUAUCACAAGUGUUUCAAAUGAUAGUCUAGUAAUCCAAGAUGUUCUCAGUGAAAAGGUGCCAAAUUUUCUGAUGAAUGUUGCAACAUUUAUUGGGUGCUACAUGGCAGCAUUCAUAAUGCUAUGGAGACUAGCAAUAGUGGGUUUUCCUUUUGCUGUUCUUUUGGUCAUUCCUGGUUUAAUGUAUGGAAGAGGUUUGAUUGGAAUAGCUAGAAAGAUAAGGGAGGAAUAUAAUAAGGCUGGUACAAUAGCAGAACAGGCAAUAUCUUCAAUAAGAACAGUUUAUUCCUUUGUUGGUGAAAGCAAAACCAUUGCUGAAUUCUCUGCAGCUGUACAAGGUUCUGUGAAGUUGGGGUUAAGGCAGGGUUUGGCUAAAGGACUGGCAAUUGGAAGCAAUGGGGUGGUUUUUGCCACUUGGGCUUUCAUGUCUUAUUAUGGCAGCAGGAUGGUUAUGUACCAUGGUGCUCAAGGAGGGACUGUUUUCAUUGUUGGCGCUGCCAUUGCGAUGGGAGGCCUGUCAUUGGGGGCUAGUUUGUCCAACCUGAAGUUUUUCUCUGAAGCAUGUUCAGCUGGAGAACGCAUAAUGGAAGUGAUAAAAAGAGUCCCCAAGAUUGAUUCAGACAAUUUGGAGGGUGAAAUUUUGGACAACGUUUCAGGAGCAGUCGAAUUUAGACAUAUUGAAUUUGCAUAUCCAACAAGGCCAGAAAGCAUGAUUUUCAAAGAUUUUUGCCUCAACAUUCCUGCCGGAAAGACUCUGGCAUUAGUGGGUGGUAGUGGCUCGGGGAAAUCCACAGUCAUAGCACUACUGAAAAGGUUUUAUGACCCACUAGGGGGAGAGAUACUCCUUGAUGGGAUUGCAAUCGAUAAGUUGCAGCUCAAGUGGCUAAGGUCACAGAUGGGUUUGGUGAGUCAGGAGCCAGCACUUUUUGCUACUACCAUAAUGGAAAACAUACUUUUUGGGAAGGAAGAUGCUAGCAUGCAAGAUGUCAUUGAAGCUGCCAAAACCUCAAAUGCCCACAAGUUCAUAUGCCAAUUGCCUCAUGGUUAUGAUACUCAGGUUGGUGAAAGAGGGGUUCAAAUGUCAGGUGGACAAAAGCAAAGAAUUGCUAUAGCAAGAGCUAUAAUAAAAGCACCCCAAAUCCUUCUCCUUGAUGAGGCAACAAGUGCACUAGACUCAGAAUCUGAACGAGUUGUGCAAGAAGCGAUCGACCAAGCUGCCAUUGGCCGCACCACCAUAAUAAUCGCCCAUCGUCUAUCCACCAUUCGCAAUGCAGACCUUAUUGCAGUUGUCCAAAAUGGCCAGGUUAUGGAAACAGGAUCACAUGAUGAGUUGAUGGAAAAUGAAAAUGGUCAUUAUACUUCAUUAGUCCGCCUUCAGCAAACAGAGAAAGAAAAGAACCCUGAAGAAGCUAACUUAAAUUUAUCUACGUAUGUUUCAUCUUCAAUAUCAAAUAUGGACAUUAAUGGCACAAGUAGUCGUAGACUUUCAUUUGUUAGUCGGUCUAGUUCCGCCAAUUCAUUUACUCAAAACCGUACUUCACUGGCUAUAGAAUCUGCAGUGGAAGAUCAAAAGUUGCCGGUGCCAUCUUUUAGAAGACUGUUGGCAUUGAACUUACCAGAAUGGAAACAGGCAAUAUUGGGGUGUUUAAGUGCAAUCCUAUUUGGUGCUGUUCAACCUGUUUACGCAUUCUCACUAGGAUCUAUGGUAUCAGUGUACUUUUUGACUGAUCAUGAUGAGAUUAAGGAGAAGACUAAGAUCUAUGCCUUAUGCUUUCUUGGGUUGUCAGUGUUUUCCUUGCUGAUAAAUGUUGGUCAGCAUUAUAACUUUGCAUACAUGGGAGAGUACUUGACAAAGAGGAUUAGAGAGAGGAUGCUUUCAAAGAUACUGACACUUGAAGUAGGCUGGUUUGAUCAAGAUGAGAAUUCAAGUGGUGCUAUCUGCUCUAGACUUGCCAAGGAUGCCAAUGUGGUGAGAUCAUUGGUAGGUGACAGGAUGGCAUUAAUUGUGCAAACCAUUUCAGCAGUAACUAUAGCUUGCACCAUGGGUCUGGUCAUUGCUUGGAGGCUUGCGCUUGUCAUGAUAGCAGUCCAACCCAUCAUCAUUGUUUGUUUCUACACCAGACGUGUCUUGCUAAAAAGCAUGUCUCAGAAGGCUAUCAAAGCCCAAGACGAAAGCAGCAAGCUGGCUGCAGAGGCUGUUUCCAACCUCCGAACCAUCAGCUUCUCAUCCCAAGAUAGAAUCCUGAAAAUGCUCGAAAAAGCCCAAGAAGGCCCACGACAAGAGAGCAUCCGCCAAUCAUGGUAUGCUGGUUUUGGGCUUGCCACAUCUCAAAGCCUAACAACUUGCACUUGGGCCUUAGACUUUUGGUAUGGUGGUAAACUCGUGUCUCGAGGCUACAUCACUGCAAAGGCAUUAUUUGAGACCUUCAUGAUCUUGGUAAGCACCGGCCGUGUAAUAGCCGAUGCCGGAAGCAUGACUUCCGACCUCGCCAAGGGCUCGGAUGCAGUUGGAUCAGUCUUUGCUGUAUUAGACCGAUACACGAGUAUUGAGCCCGAAGAUCCUGAAGGAUACAAGCCCGAAAAGAUAACGGGCCACAUAGAACUUCGGAACAUAGACUUUGCAUACCCAGCCCGGCCCAAUUUUAUGAUCUUUAGAGGCUUCUCACUCAAAAUUGAAGCAGGUAAAUCAACUUCUUUGGUUGGACAAAGUGGGUCUGGUAAAUCAACCAUCAUUGGUCUAACUGAGAGAUUUUAUGAUCCUCUUGAGGGUGUAGUGAAAAUUGAUGGUAGAGAUAUAAGGUCAUACCACCUUAGGUCACUAAGGAAACACAUUGCACUUGUUAGCCAAGAGCCCACAUUAUUUGCUGGCACCAUCAGAGAAAACAUUGCAUAUGGAGCAUCCGAUAAGACUGUUGAAUCAGAGAUCAUUGAGGCUGCCAGAGCAGCCAAUGCUCAUGAUUUCAUUUCAGGAUUACAAGAUGGGUAUGAUACAUGGUGUGGAGAGAGGGGAGUGCAGCUAUCUGGGGGCCAAAAGCAGCGCAUUGCAAUAGCCAGGGCCAUACUGAAAAAUCCAGCAAUUUUGCUUUUAGACGAGGCCACCAGUGCACUAGACAGCCAAUCAGAGAAAGCUGUGCAAGAUGCACUUGAAAGAGUGAUGGUGGGGAGAACCAGUGUGGUUGUGGCACAUAGGUUAAGCACCAUACAAAACUGUGACCAAAUUGCUGUGUUAGAUAAAGGCAAGGUGGUGGAGAAAGGUACCCAUCAAUCUUUGUUGGCCAAAGGACCCACAGGAGCUUACUUCUCAUUGGUCAGCCUCCAAAGGAGCCCCCACAACAACACAACUCACACAAUCAACUAAAAACUACUUUAAGGUUUGAUUAGGCUUUUUUACAGUUGCCAUCAAAAUUUUGAUGUGCAAGGCCUAGCUCAUUUACAAUCCUUUCUUCCAACUAUUCCUUUUCUUCCCUCCCUUUCGUCCACGCCUUCAGUAGAGAUGCUGAAAUGAAGAUGGCAAUCCAAUCCUUGUAAUAUGAGUUCAAAUGUGAUAAUAAAUACUUACCUUUAUAUAUGUAAAUGCAUAAAACAAAAUUAAACUACAAAAAAAGUAUGAUCUUAGCAUGCUUUGCCAACAA